AUGGAAGUACAAUUUGGAAUGGGCAAAUCAUCGCUACAUCAUUGCUUCGUGCGUGUGAUCCAUUCUUUAUGUGACAUAGCCUCUGAAGUAAUUUGUUGGCCAGAAGGUCACAAUAUAAAUAGGAUAAAGGAAGUGUUCAAAGUAAAAGCCGGCAUGCCUGAUGUCAUUAGUGCAAUUGAUGGCAGUCACAUAAAAAUUGAAGCUCCAAAGGUGGAUUCUGGAUCAUAUCGUACUAGCAAAAAAAUAUAUGCUAUUCAAUUGCAAGCAGUUUGUGACGCAUCCUUAGUUUUCACAGACUGCUUUGCCGGUUAUCCGGGAGCAGUCCAUGAUGCUCGUGUAUUAAGUAAUCCUCCAUUACAUAAAGAUGCAAUAACAAAUGAACGUGCUUUGUUCCCCAAUGGAGAGUAUCUCAUUGGGGACAAAGGCUAUCAACCAGUGAGAACAUGGCUUAUUACGCCUUAUACAGAUACUGGUGCUUUAACUCAGGCUCACAAAAAUUUCAAUAGUAUUCUUUCAAGAACUAGACAGGUUAUAGAGCGGGCAUUUGCUCUUCUUAAGGGACGCUUUAGGAGAUUAAAACAUCUGCAUAUGGAUUUAAUCCAUGAAAUUCCUUAUACAAUUUUAGCUUGCUAUGUAUUACACAAUUUAUGUUUACAAGGAUUUCAUGAGGAUGAAAGAGAACUUGAAGAGUAUAUUAGAGAUGGAGAAGAAGAUAACAAUGCUCUUUAUGAAGAAGAACAAGACUUAUAUGAAGAAUUAUUAAAUGAUAUUGAUAACAAUGCUACAUCUGGCCAAAGAAAACAGUCCGAUACAGAUACAGUAGAAAUUUCAGAAGUAGGAGAAUUAGUCAAUGCUCGAUUGGACGCAAGUGCAGGAGGAUUGACAGAAUGUGAUUGGCCAUAA